CGUUCGCCGUAUUUGUCGGCGCGUCAUUUUGCUUGGGCCAAAAUGCAAAAGAUGUUACCGCUGCCCUUCGUGUUGCUGCCGAUUUAACCUUGGGGAGUGCCAGCAUGACUCUCCGCGGAGAAGGGAGCCGGGGCUUCUACUUCAACACCGUCCUGUCGCUGGCUCGCUCGCUGGCGGCUCACCGGCAGGCGCCGCUCGACAAGGUGCAGAAGUUACAAUGCAUGUGUCCCGUGGACGUGCGAGGAGUGUUCCAGCUAGACGAGAGGCGGCGGGACGGCGUGCUGGCCCUCGGGAUUUUCCUGGUGGAAUCCAACCUGCAGCACAAAGAUGCCAUCGUGCCCUACCUUUUGGGACUGCUCAGAGGACUUCCAAGAGUUCAAUGGAUUGAGGAGAGCUCGGAACGCAAAGGAUCAGGGACGCUUCCCAUUGCCGAGAAUUUCAGCUUUUGUCUCGUGACGCUGCUGUCGGACGUCGCCCAGCGAGAUGAAACGUUGCGUGGACAGAUUCUGGAGACCAUCAUGGAUGUCAUGCAAGUCCUGCAAGAGCUGUGCGAGAACCCCCAGUCUCACGAUAAAGGUCCCAACUACGUAGAUUACACGUGCCGCUACACGGUCCCCGCGCUGCUGGGCGUGGCGCGUGCUUUCGGCCGCUACAGCAACACGGACGAGCCGCUGCUGUCCAAGCUGUUCCCGCGGCCGGCCGCGCCCCCCGUGACGGCGGCGGACGACAGCGACACCGCCCGGCGACGCUCCUUCAACGACUUCCGCUCCAUCCUGCCCAGCUCCUUCCUCAGCGUGUUCCCGGGUGAUACCCUGAGAUGCAAGAGCUCCUCCGUGUCCUCCGUAUCUCAACAGGCCAGUCCAGAGAGGACCAGGCUGACCCCGAGCUCCCCGGCAGACCCGUCAGCGCCAUACUUUGAAGGCUCGUACCUUCCCGACGGAAGCUCAGUAGACCCGGACUACUACUUUUCCACCAUCAGCUCUAGCUUCUCCGCUUCACCUCUCUUCACCGGCAGCAGCUGCGGGGAGUUUUGCGUGCCCCUGGACACACUCAGGCAGCUUCUGCGCAUGGUUGAAGACAUCGUCUCAGAGUCGUUUUUGAAGUCUCUGGAUGACACCUUGGCAGAACUGUUAGAAUCCAAUCCUGGUCUUCAUGUGUACUACAAAACCUUCAGUGACCCCCUCUAUGUGGCCAUAUUCAAAAUGCUCCGAGACACCCUGUACAACCUGAAAGACCUCCAAACGGAUUUCGUGAAGGAGGUGCACGACUUUGUGCUGGAGCAAUUCAGCAGCAGCCAGUCGGAGCUGCAGAGAAUCUUGCACGACGUAGAGUACCUCCAGAGUGAGCUGAGCCCGCUCAAGCUGCGCUGCCAGGCCAACGCCGCCUGCGUGGACCUCAUGGUGUGGGCCGUCACAGAGGAGCAGGGAGCUGAGAAUCUUUGCAGCAAGCUGUCGGAGAAGCUGCAGUCCAAGACCUCCAGUAAAGUCAUCAUCGCCCAUAUGCCCCUCCUCAUUUGCUGCCUGCAGGGCUUGGGUCGCCUGUGCGAGCGCUUCCCGGUGGUCGCCCACUCGGUCACCACGUCGCUGAGGGACUUCCUGGUGGUGCCCUCCCCGGUCCUGGUCAAGCUAUACAAGUACCACAGCCAGUGCACUCCCGGAGGCGGCGAGAUCAAGAUCCACGUGACCAACGAGCAUUCCCAGUCCACUAUCAGCGCCAACUCGGGAAGCAAGAAGAGCCAGCCUUCCAUGUACGAACAGCUGAGAGACAUCUCCAUCGAUAACAUCUGCAGGUGUCUGAAGGCAGGGCUGACUAUGGAUAACGUCAUCGUGGAAGCCUUCCUGGCCAGCCUGUCCAAUCGUCUCUACAUCUCCCAGGAGAAUGACAAGGACGCCCACCUCAUCCCGGACCACACCAUCCGGGCUCUGGGCCACAUCGCCGUGGCGCUUCGGGACACCCCCCGCGUGAUGGAGCCCAUCCUGCAGAUCCUGCAGCAGAAGUUUUGUCAGCCGCCGUCGCAGCUGGACGUGCUCAUCAUCGACCAGCUGGGCUGCAUGGUCAUCACGGGCAACCAAUACAUCUACCAGGAAGUGUGGAAUUUGUUUCAGCAAAUCAGUGUCAAGGCUAGCUCCAUGGUCUAUUCCACCAAGGACUACAAAGACCAUGGAUACAGGCACUGCUCUCUGGCUGUCAUCAACGCUUUGGGCAACAUCGCGGCCAACCUGCAGGCUGAGCAGAUGGUGGACGAGCUGCUGGUCAACCUGCUGGAGCUCUUCGUGCAGCUGGGCCUGGAGGGCAAGAGGGCCAGCGAGCGGGCGGCCGACAAAGGCCCGGCUCUCAAGGCGUCAAGCAGCGCGGGCAACCUGGGCGUGCUCAUCCCUGUCAUUGCAGUGCUGACUAAAAGGUUGCCCCCGAUCAAGGAAGCCAAACCACGCCUACAGAAGCUCUUCAGGGACUUCUGGCUCUACUCGGUGGUCAUGGGCUUUGCUGUGGAAGGAUCAGGUCUGUGGCCGGAAGAGUGGUACGAGGGCGUGUGCGAGAUCGCCACCAAAUCGCCGCUGCUGACGUUCCCGAGCGGCGAGCCUCUCCGCUCCGAGCUGCAGUACAACUCGGCGCUCAAGAACGACACGGUCACGCCGGCGGAGCUGAACGAGCUGCGUAGCACCAUCAUCAACCUCUUGGACCCGCCACCAGAGGGCGCCGCGCUGAUCAACAAGCUGGACUUCGCCAUGUCCACGUAUCUGCUGUCUGUUUACAGGCUGGAAUACAUGAGGAUGCUAAAUUCGCUGGACUCUGACCGUUUCCAAGUCAUGUUUCGGUACUUUGAGGACCGAGCCAUCCAGAAGGACAAAUCCGGCAUGAUGCAGUGUGUCGUCGCCGUCAGUGACAAAGUCUUUGAGGUCUUCUUGCAAAUGAUGAUUGAGAAAGCAAAAACCAAAGCGCACGAGGAGGAGCUGGAGCGUCACGCCCAGUUCCUGCUCGUCAACUUCAAUCACAUCCACAAGCGCAUCCGCAGAGUGGCCGAUAAAUAUUUGUCCGGUUUGGCCGAAACCUUCCCUCACUUACUUUGGAGCGGCCGUGUGCUGAAAACCAUGCUGGAUAUCCUGCAAACGCUCUCGCUCUCGCUUAGCGCUGACAUCCACAAGGACCAACCGUACUACGACAUUCCCGACACGCCGUACAGGAUUACGGUCCCUGAUACCUACGAAGCCAGAGAGAGCAUAGUGAAGGAUUUUGCCGCUCGCUGCGGAGAAAUCCUCAAGGAAGCCAUGAAAUGGGCUCCGUCGGUCACUAAAUCCCACCUCCAGGAGUACCUGAACAAACAUCAGAACUGGGUGUCGGGUCUGUCGCAGCACACGGGACUGGCCAUGGCCACGGAGAGCAUCCUGCACUUUGCCGGCUUCAACCGGCAGAGCACCACUCUUGGGUCCACUCAGUUGACCGAGAGGCCGGCCUGUGUGAAGAAGGACUACUCCAACUUCAUGGCCUCCCUCAAUCUGAGGAACCGCUACGCCGGAGAGGUGUCGGGCAUGAUCCACUUCGCCCAGGCGGUGCGGGGCCAGCCGGACCUGGGCCGGCUGAUGGUCAAGCAGAUUGGAGACGCUCUUGACUCGGCCCAACCCGAAAGCUUCACCGAGGCCAUGUUCAAGCUUGCCGCCUUGCUCAUCAGCAGCAAAGAGUGCGACCCUCAGCUGCUGCACCACCUGUGCUGGUCUCCCCUCAAGAUGUUCACCGAGCACGGCAUGGAGACGGCCAUCGCGUGCUGGGAAUGGCUGCUGGCCGCGCGUGUUGGCGUGGAAGUUCCGUUCAUGCGUGAGAUGGCGGGAGCGUGGCAGAUGACCGUGGAGCUGAAGAUGGGCUUAUUCUCCGACGCGCAACAGGAGGCCGACCCCUUGGCGGCGUCUGAGGAGAGCCAGCCCGUCCCCUGCCCGCCAGACGUCACUCCACACCACAUCUGGAUUGAGUUUCUGGUGCAAAGGUUUGAGAUCGCCAAGUACUCCAGUGCUGACCAGGUGGAGAUCUUCUGCAGUUUGCUCCAGCGCUCGCUUUCGCUCAAUGUGGGCGGGGCAAAGAGUAACCUCAACCGACACGUGGCUGCCAUCGGACCUCGCUUCAGGCUACUGACGCUGGGCCUGGCUGUGCUCCACUCCGAUGUUAUCACCAACGCCACCGUCAGGAACGUCCUUCGAGAGAAGAUCUACUCCACAGCCUUCGAUUAUUUCAGCGUGUCUCCAAAGUUUCCCACCCAGGGUGACAAACGCCUGCGCGAGGACAUCAGCGUCAUGAUCCGCUUUUACGCCAGCAUCCUGUCGGACAAGAAGUAUUUGGCGGCGUGCCAUCUGGUGCCCCCCGGUGAGCUUGGUACCACCUCGGCCCCGAGCACGCUCUCUGCCGGGAUAUUUGGAUCGCUUAUCGUGUCCAGCACUUCUCCGAUAUCCAUCUUAAACAACCAGGACCCGUCGCUGAACAGUUUGUCGGUGAUGAACGCCGCCGACAUGCGCAGUAACGUCGACUCCAGCAGUCGCUCGCAGCAGAGCAGCCAGGGAUGGAUUAAUACGUACCCACUUUCCAGUGGCAUGUCCACAGCAUCCAAAAAAUCGGGAGCGUCCAAGAAGAGCAACCGAGGCACGCAGCUCCACAAGUACUACAUGAAGCGCAGGACCCUCUUGUUGGCUCUUCUGGCGAGCGAGAUCGAGCGGCUGAGCACGUGGUACAAUCCGCUGUGCACCCAAGAGCUGGCCAUCGCCACCGAGCAGUCGGUGGAGACCAGCAUCGCCAACUGGAGGUCCAAAUACAUCAGCCUGACCGAGAAGCAAUGGAAGGAUAACGUCAACCUGGCCUGGAAUAUCGCGCCCUACCUCGCCAUGCAACUGCCCAGCAGGUUCAAGAACGACGCCAUCACAGCGGAAGUGACUCGGCUGGUGCGUUUGGACCCCGGUGCCGUUAGUGACGUUCCAGAAGCCGUCAAGUUCCUGGUAACGUGGCACACCAUUGACGCCGACUCUCCCGAGCUGAGCCACAUCCUGUGCUGGGCACCCGCCGACCCGCCAACAGGCCUGUCCUACUUCAGCAGCAUGUACCCGCCGCACCCGCUCACCGCACAGUACGGCGUUAAGGUGCUGCGCUCCUUCCCUCCGGACGCCAUCUUGUUCUACAUCCCGCAGAUUGUACAAGCACUGCGCUAUGACAAGAUGGGUUACGUGAGGGAGUACAUCUUGUGGGCCGCGCAGAAGUCGCAGCUGCUAGCCCACCAGUUCAUAUGGAAUAUGAAGACCAACAUCUUCAUGGAUGAGGAGGCGCACCAGAAGGACCCUGACAUCGGGGAGCUGCUGGAGCAAAUGGUGGAGGAGAUCACGGGAUCGCUGUCAGGUCCGGCCAAAGAUUUCUACCAGAGAGAGUUUGACUUCUUCAAUAAGAUCACCAACGUGUCGGCCAUUAUCAAGCCAAUUCCCAAGGGAGAGGAGAGGAAACGGGGCUGUCUGAAGGCUCUGUCGGAUAUCAAAGUUCAGCCAGGCUGCUACCUGCCCAGUAACCCUGAGGCCAUCGUUCUGGACAUUGACUACAAGUCUGGAACACCCAUGCAGAGCGCAGCCAAGGCGCCCUACCUGGCCAAGUUCAAGGUGAAGCGCUGCGGCGUUAGCGAGCUAGAGCGUGAGGGCCUACGCUGCCCGUCCGACUCUCUGGACGAGGACGAGGACAACCCGGAUGGGGCACGGCGGGUCUGCUGGCAGGCGGCCAUCUUCAAAGUGGGCGACGACUGUCGGCAGGACAUGCUGGCGCUGCAGAUCAUCGGACUCUUUAAGAACAUCUUCCAGCUGGUGGGCCUAGACCUUUUCGUCUUCCCCUACCGGGUGGUGGCCACUGCUCCCGGGUGCGGCGUGAUCGAGUGCAUCCCGGACUGCAAGUCCCGCGACCAGCUAGGCAGACAGACUGAUUUUGGCAUGUACGACUACUUCCGCAACCAAUACGGCGACGAAUCCACGCUGGCCUUCCAGAAGGCUCGCUACAACUUCAUCCGCAGCAUGGCGGCGUACAGCCUGUUGCUCUUCUUGCUGCAGAUUAAAGACAGACACAACGGCAACAUCAUGCUGGACAGCAAAGGCCACCUCAUCCACAUCGAUUUCGGCUUCAUGUUCGAGAGCUCCCCGGGCGGCAAUCUGGGCUGGGAGCCCGACAUCAAGCUGACGGACGAGAUGGUGAUGAUCAUGGGGGGCAAGAUGGAGGCCACCCCCUUCAAGUGGUUCAUGGAGAUGUGCGUGCGAGGCUACCUGGCCGUACGGCCGUACAUGGAUGCGGUGGUAUCUCUGGUGACACUCAUGCUGGACACGGGACUGCCGUGCUUCCGAGGACAAACCAUCAAACUGCUCAAAGGCAGGUUUAAUCCCCAGAUGAGCGAGAAAGAGGCGGCGGCGUUCAUCAUCAAGGUCAUCCAAAGCUGCUUCCUCAGUAGCAGGAGCAAGACAUACGACAUGCUGCAAUACUACCAGAACCAAAUUCCCUACUGAGCUGGUGACGGCGCAUCCGGGGCAGCAAUAAGUCUAAAACACAACAGGAACACUUUGAAUAUUUUAGUUUUUGACCAAGAGAGCUAUUUGAAAUCUCCCUUUAAGUGUUUACUCUGCUCCUCAUCAUCAUCACUCCAGUGCACUUUAUUUCUUGCAGUAUUCCGAGAUUACGUCAAACAGUCUGCAGUGUUUUCAAAUGUUUUCAAGCGUGUAUCUUAUAUCAUAUGUGUAUUAUUUAUCAGGCCACGAGGACAAAUCAUCACAGAUGAGUGUUAUAAUCCAGAGCGGCACUCUAGUGCAUUCUGGGAAGUGUGUGUGCGUGUGUGUGUGUGUGUGAGUGCAUGUCUUCAGUCCAGUGUUUCCCAACCUUUUCUGUGCCAAGGCACGUUAUAUAAGAAAAUCUCACAUUUUA